UUGGGUGAAAAAUUGAAAGAAGGAAAAGCAUGUUUUGCGUGUGCAGUGUAUCCAAACCCACAGUGGGGAGUGGGAACAUUCCCCAAAUCACUGAUUCAGAUUCAGAAUCUCUUCCAACGAAACGUUUUUCCCGCCGAAACAGGGUUCCGAACGAGCCUCCGAAACCCUCCGUUAUGCAGAUGCAACGCAUUGUCGGCGCCGGAAGCUUCAGAGACACCGAACCCCUUCCUCUACCAGGCUCCGACAUGCGAAAGACGGUGAUGGACUUGUUCCUGGGCCAAGCCAUGGAAGGGAAAGUGCAGAAGAAGAUGAGAGAGACCGGAGAGUGGGUCGCCGAUAAUGCCGAGGCCAAAAUCACUUCUUCCAGAAAAGGAAUCUUACUGUUCAUGGUUCAAUGGAUGCUACCGAUUUGGACAAUAUUAUUCCUAAUAGCUUUUGGUGCCAUCAAAUUACCGUUCAGCAGCCCCUUCCUUGAUGAUCUACUCAUGUGACCACACAUCAAUUAUAUGUAUCAUUCUCACAACCUCUUUCUUCUUCCUUUUUGGCUCCAUUAAGUAGCUUCAAUUACAUGAACAAUUUAUAUAUUCUUUUUCUUGUGAUAUCAGUGUAUACAUGUUUUAUUAGUAUAAAUUCUGACCUUUUGAUAUUAAUAAAUAAUGUGUUCCAAGAA